AUGUGGUACCCAUGUAGCUGUAGGUCCUUCACCGGACUGCUGGUCCUUUUUCCUCAUCAUUCUCUUUCUUCUUCACCUUCUUUGUCAUCUUAUCCUACAUCUCCUUCGUCGGCCGCAUCAUUCAACAAAGGUGGCUACUACCACAUUUUUUACCAACAACAGAGAGAGAAAGGCAAUUACAAGAAACACCAGAACGAGUGCGUCGAUCAUCGUAUCUUUCUCUUCUUUUUCUUCUCUUCUUUCUUCUUUUUCUUCUUCACCUUCUGCAACUACAACAACUACCACCUCCGCAACCUUCAUCAUCAAUGUUACUAUUUGGCAUUGCUACUACCGCCACUACUACGACAACCAGCACCAACAUCACCAACAGCAGCAGCAGCCUCCCUCUCUGUUGCCUCUUGCUUUGCUCCUACCACCACUACUACUGUCACUCCUACCACCACGAGUAGUAGUAGUGUGACUACUACUACUACUACUAGUAGCAUGGCUGAUCCUCCUCCGGUGUUAGUGUCGGCCAAGCCGACCACGCCGACCAACAGUGCGGUGGAUACGCCGUCUUCGGUCGAAAAACAAGAUGUGGACAGACUUACGGAGAGCCCGUCCUCCGGAGGAAGUUUGGACAGCUCGGUCGAGCACGGGCACGGCCAUUUCUUCAUUAAAAAGACCUUCCACAAACCUACCUACUGUCACCACUGUACUGAUAUGCUGUGGGGACUCAUCGGCCAGGGAUAUGUCUGCGAAGUGUGCAAUUUUGUGGUCCAUGAUAGAUGUCUAAAAACAGUGGUGUCAGCCUGCUCAAGCAUUGCCACAACUUUGAUCAAAAACCCUGUUGCCCACUGCUGGUCAGAACCUGGGCACUUUAAAAGAAAAUUUUGCAGUGUGUGCCGGAAAAGGCUAGAAGAUAGUCUUGCAAUACGUUGUGAAAUUUGUGAAUAUUAUGCACAUAUUGACUGUCAAGAUUUUGUAGUGAGUGAUUGUAAAGAAUGUGCAACAUAUAUCCCACAGAGAGAUCUGUUAACUGUUGUCCAUUUCCAUCAUUGGAGAGAGGGAAACUUACCAGCCAACUCAAAAUGUGUCUCCUGUAAAAAGACAUGUUGGUCAUCUGAGUGCCUGGCAGGCAUGCGGUGUGAAUGGUGUGGGGUCACGGCCCAUGCCACCUGCUAUAAACAUUUGCCAGAAGAAUGUAAUUUUGGCAGUUUACGGGAGAUUAUGCUACCCUCCAGCUGCCUCACCAUCCCAAGAAUGGAUGUGAGCAUGGAAACUCUGCUGGGACUCAAUAAUAAGAAAGCAAGUAAGUAA